AUGGAUAUGAGCAUAGCUAGUAAGGAUUCUAGUUGGUGGAUUUUCACUCUUCCAGCUUUUCUUGGGGCUAAGACCCUCCUCGAUGAAUAUGUAAUUGUUGCAAUUCUCUUAUCUUUCAUCUCUAUUGCUCUUCUCACGUGGUUUUCCUCCCAUGGUGGAAUGGCAUGGAAGAAUGGUCGGAAUAGUAACGGCAGCGUCACCAUCCGUGGCCCACGGGGGCUUCCCAUUUUUGGGAGCCUCUUCACUCUUAGUCGUGGCUUAGCUCACCGUUCCUUAGCUGCCAUGGCUAAGGUCCACAACGCCAAGCAGCUCAUGGCUUUCAGCUUAGGCUCCACGCCCAUCGUGGUAGCUUCCGAUCCCCAGGUGGCUAAAGAGAUCCUUACAUCCCCCGACUUCGCGGACCGUCCGAUCAAGCAGUCAGCUCGUAGCCUCAUGUUCAGUCGCGCCAUUGGCUUCGCUCCCAACGGCACCUACUGGCGCCUUCUGCGCCGCAUCGCUGCCUCCCACUUGUUUGCGCCCCGACGCGUCACGGCGCACGAACAUGGCCGCCAGCAAGAUUGCGACGCAAUGCUGCACAACAUAGAAAUGGAGCAAAAACUUAAGGGAUCUGUGAGUUUGAGAAAGCACUUGCAAGCUGCAGCAUUGAACAACAUCAUGGGAAGCGUUUUUGGGAAACGAUACGACCCCACAGAAGACAGCGAGGAGUUGAGGGAGCUUAAACAAAUGGUGGAAGAAGGGUUCCAUCUUUUGGGUGCCUUCAACUGGUCUGAUUAUCUCCCAUGGUUGUCAUACUUUUACGAUCCUUCCCGCAUCGUUGUUCGUUGCCAAGCCCUUGUGCCCCGAGUGAGGAAGCUUGUCUCCGGUAUCAUCCACGAGCACCAGCUCAAGAAUAAAAAGAAUAGCGUUUCUGAUGAUGCUGCUGAUUUCGUUGAUGUUUUGCUUGCUUUGGAUGGUGAGGAGAAGCUUAAUCAGGAUGACAUGAUCGCGGUUUUGUGGGAAAUGAUAUUCAGAGGAACCGACACAACCGCAUUGUUGACCGAGUGGAUUAUGGCUGAGCUGGUGUUACACCCUGAGGUACAAUCUAAGAUGCGUCGAGAACUAGACCACGUCGUUGGGACCCGUAACAUCACUGAUGCUGACGUGGCAAGGCUGCCCUACUUACAAGCCGUUGUCAAGGAAACACUCAGGCUACAUCCACCGGGCCCGCUUUUGUCAUGGGCCCGUCUCUCCACAUCAAACGUCACUCUCACCAAUGGGAUGGUGGUUCCCGCCCAAACUACCGCUAUGGUCAACAUGUGGGCCAUCACCCACGACCCAACCGUGUGGGCCGACCCGCUUAAGUUUAAACCGGAGAGGUUUGUUGCGGAGAUGGGCGGGGAGGAUGUGGACAUUCGCGGCCGUGAUUUGAGGCUUGCGCCAUUUGGUGCUGGACGAAGGGUUUGCCCGGGGAAGAAUUUAGGGAUGGCUACGGUGGAGCUUUGGGUGGCCAAACUGGUUCAACAGUUCGAGUGGACAGAGGACAAGACCAAUCCAGUCAAUCUCGACGAGCUUCUUAAGCUCUCUUGCGAGAUGAAGUGCCCAUUGGUUGCUCUAGCCCAACCUACAUCUAUAUGAUCGCACGCUGCAAUCAACUAAUAAGACCAUCCUGCAUUUUCUUCA